CUAUUUUGAUAUGAAAACAUUUGGAUUUUGAAUUAUUAGAAGUUGAUUUGUUGCAAAAUUAGUAAAAACAUGAAUAACUACAAAUUACUAGGACGUGCUGGGGAAGGUGCUCACGGAUUUGUUUUUAAAGGAAUGGAUUUACGUAAUGAAAAGAUGGUUGCUUUGAAAAAAAUUAUUUUUAAUCCAAAUACAGGAGUUCCAAAAAAUACCAUGAGAGAAAUUUGUGCUUUACGAGCUUUAAAAUCAAACCACAUUGUUAAACUUAUCGAAGUCACAAGCAUGGGUAGUUCCAUUGUGUUAGUCAUGGAAUUUUUGCCAUGGUCCCUGGCAGAGAUAAUAAAAAACACAUCGAUAUCAUUAAAUCUCUCCCAAGUUAAAACUUAUACCAAGAUGAUUCUGUCCGGUGUAAAUUAUAUGCAUCAAAAUCACGUUAUGCACAGAGAUUUAAAACCAGCUAAUCUACUUAUUAGUAGCAAGGGGAUUUUAAAAAUAGCCGAUUUUGGAUUGGCCAGAAUUUAUGGCAACGACAAACAUCGUCUGUAUUCUCACCAAGUAGCUACAAGAUGGUAUAGAGCACCGGAAUUGUUGUAUGGGUCUAGAACUUACACGCCAUCGGUUGAUAUGUGGUCUGUGGGGUGCAUAUUAGGCGAAAUGAUAAACCGACAACCAUUGUUUCCAGGCGAAACGGAUAUUGAACAACUUGCUAUCGUUUUGAGUACUUUAGGAACACCAAAUGAAGACACGUGGCCAGGUUUAACGCAACUGCCAGAUUAUAACAAAAUUGCGUUCACACCAAAUGUGGGAAAACGAUGGAGUAUUGUUUUACCCGGCGCAGAUGCCGUUACUUUAAAUUUGAUUAGCAGGGUACUUCUAUACAAUGGUGCGAAAAGAAUAUCUGCUAGAGAAGCGUUAAAACAUAAAUUCUUCUUCGAGAAACCUUUGCCCGCAAAGCUACCAAAUAUGCCAAAGUUGGAAGAAAAAUCUGAGGAGCCCCAAUGGAACUUCAUUGACUUCGAUGAAGUAAUUAAACAAUUUGAUAAUUAACGUACCAUGUUUGUGUUAAUUUGCAUAUCUCACGAUUGCUGAUAAAAGAAGGUUUAUGUUCUAAUAAACAAAGAUAUGAUAAAGAAAUCUGAAUAAUACGAAAGGUUGUUACUAAAUUUUUUUAUUUAAAAAUAACCCAUACAACGGUUUGAUUCUAACAAGAUAUAUAAAUUAUUUAAUAUUUAAGGGCAGCGAUAGAGAUGGAAAAUCUUCCCUACGUAAUUACAACAUAUAAAAUAACAAAAUAUAUUUCAAGGAAUCAUUAUUAAGGAUAUAAGGAAUUAUAAGACUUUUAUGAAUAUAAUAAUAGUAUAAAAUAAUAAAGCCAAUAGUCAAGCAAUGGUACGGUGUUACAGUGUCGCUUAUUGCACACUCUCCGUAAACCGUACAGGGAUAGACUUAAAAUUAUUAAUACUUACAAAAAUAAAGUAGAAAGCAUUAGAAAUACUUUUACGACAACAUUUAAAAAUGAAUGAAGCAGCGAUAAAUGUAAUGAUGAAUAUAAACCAUAAA